UCUUAGAAUUCACCGCCCGCAAGAAACACAGCAAAAAUUAUCCCUUUUGUAUCCCAAACCACAACAACCACUUCCAUGCCUCAUUCUUUCUCUCUCAUCAUCCCUCUCACCCAAACCCAAACCCAAACCAACCACAACACAAACACUUUCCACGGUAUCUCUACUCCCAUUACACAGGGAUAAAGAUGGAUAUGCCAUUUGCUUACUUGAAGAAUGAUGAAUAAUGUCAUAAAUAUCAGUGGGUAUGAAGGUAUUAUCAUGUUACACCCCAUAUAAUGUUAACAUACCCCAACAAACAAGGUUUUGUUCAGAGGAAGCUCGUUUGUUUCUUCAAAAUUGCAACAAUUUCAAACAACUAAACCAAAUUCAUGCUAGAAUAAUUCGUUUUGGUCUCACACAUGACCAAUUACUUAUCAGAAAGCUAUGUCAACUCUCAUCUUCAUAUGGUAAAAUGAAUUAUUCCACUUUGGUAUUUGAUCAACUCACUGUCCCUGAUACGUUCACUUGGAAUAUCAUGAUUAGAUCUUAUAAUACAAGUGGUUCACCUGAAAAAGCCCUUCUUUUGUUUAAAGAUAUGUUAUGUCAUGGCUUUAUAACUGAUAAAUUUACUUACCCUUUUGUUAUAAAUGCUUGUAUUGCUUCUAAUGAAAUUGAUUUUGGAAGAUUAACACAUGGCCUUUCAGUAAAAAUGGGAUUUUGGAGUGAUGUUUAUGUGCAAAACAAUAUGAUGAAUUUUUACUUUAAGUGUGGGAAUAUUGAUGAUGGAUGGAAGGUGUUUGAUAAAAUGCGUGUGAGAAAUGUUGUGUCGUGGACCACCGCGAUUUCUAGGCUUGUUGCUUGUGGGAAAUUAGACACUGCAAGGGAAAUAUUUGAGGUGAUGCCUUCUAAAAACGUCGUUUCGUGGUCGGCGAUGAUUGAUGGGUAUGUGAAACAUAACCAACAGAUUAAGGCUUUUGAUUUGUUUGAAAGGAUGCAGCUUGAUAAUGUGAGGCCAAAUGAGUUCACUUUGGUGAGUUUGAUCAAAGCUUGUACUGAUUUGGAUAGUCUCAAAUUGGGAAGACGGAUUCAUGAUUUCGCUCUAAAGAAUGGUUUUGAACUUGGACCUUUCUUGGGUACUGCUCUUAUUGACAUGUACAGCAAAUGUGGUAGUUUAGAUGAUGGUGUUAGAGUUUUUGGUUUAAUGAAAGUGAGAAACUUGGCUACUUGGAAUACAAUGAUUACUAGCUUCGGUGUGCACGGGUUGACGAACGAAGUGAUAGCUCUUUUCGAAGAAAUGGAGAAGGCUAAUGUAGUUCCCGAUGCUAUCACUUUUGUUGGUGUUUUGAGUGUUUGUGCUCAAAUGAAAACUUUGGAAGUAGGACAAAAAUAUUUCAGUCUCAUGACAGAACAUUAUGGCAUAACACCUAUCUUGGAACACUAUACAUGCAUGGUUGAACUCUACACUCGUACAAAUGAGUUGAAUGAGAUUUGCCCAUUAGGGAAUACAAUGUCAUUAUCAACGAAAGAAAAUCAUUAUGUUGCAGAAUUGCUCCAAGAGAACAAACUCACCGGUAUUGAUGACAUAGACAAAUUCAUAAACAAGCAUUAUAGAAAUUCAAAUUUAUCAGAAUUAGUUUUCGAUCAUUCUACAAUUUCCACACAACCAAUUUUCAACCGUUGAAUUCAAAUUGUAUCUUUAUCCAUAAGUCAAGAUUUGACUGCCUAUAAUUGGACGAUUCUAAUGAUGUGCAUAACGUGCUGCUAGAAUUAUAAUCUCUCCAGCAUUGACAAUUCUAAUUGAAUUGAAUAGGUGACGUGUCUAACACCAACACGACAUUGAUACAUGUAAUUAUAUUUAAUUAAUUUUUUUUAUCAAAUUAUUAUUGAUGUCGAUGUGUCAGUAUUGUGUUUGGUAUUUGUAGUAAUGAUUUAUAUAUUUAAAA